UCAUUUGUUUCUCAUUGCUUCAGUUAGAGCCUUCUUGACCAGCUGCAAGUGUGUCGCCUCUGAAACACCCGAUGGAUGCAGGGGUUUAAUACCACAGAAGUGCUGUUGUAGGUUAUAAAAGCACAGCAGGAUUGAAGGGGAGAGCUUGCCAAAGCUCCCUCAUCUCACUUAAUCGGAUGUUGUAACAUUUUUUUCAGUGCCAAGCACUGUGAGGCAGAUUGUUUCUUUCUGUAAAUUCCACUAUUAAGAGGAUUCUAAAACCUUGUAGAACUGGUUCAGGGAAAAGGACAGAAUGGGGUUUGGCAUAAUGUAGAAGCAGUGACGAGAGUAGAGAACAGAAAGAAUCAAAUAGUUGUAUUUGAACUUAUCUGGAAGGCAUCCUUUUACUCUGUGGAGAAAUGGCCUGGAGAUGGAUUAAACUCUGCAUGCUUCUGUCACUCUGUACCACUUCAGUGAUUGUGAGUGAUGAAGUACCCACAGCAAAGUGUGCUGAUUUUAACAACACCACCUGGCUAGAAUACAAGCAAAGAACCAAGGUGCAGGUCCAGUACCUGCUUCUAACACGAAAGAAUGCAGACUGCGCAAGCCUCUUCACCCAGGACUGUCUCAACCACACUCAGCAACAUACUGCAUACUUCAACUCCACACUUCCCACUAAAGUCAUUGUUCAUGGGUACAGGGCCAUAGGCACUAAGCCUUCAUGGGUGAGUGGCUUAGCCCAAGCUUUGUUACAGAAGGAGGAUGUGAAUGUCUUGGUUGUAGACUGGAUCUUUGGGGCAUCCUUUGCCUACAACCUAGUGGCGGAGAACUACAAGGAAGUGGCCUUGCAGAUAUCAAUUCUUAUUAAUCAGUUGACAACCUAUGGCAGUACUCUGGAAUCAUUCCAUGUCAUUGGGGUGAGCCUAGGAGCUCAUGUGGCAGGAUUUGUGGGGACUCUAUUUGCAGGCAAAUUGGGACGAAUUACAGGUCUGGACCCAGCAGGCCCCAUGUUCAAGAAUGCUGAUCCAUUCGAUCGGCUGGAUCCCUCAGACGCCAUGUUUGUUGAGGCCAUACACACUGACUCUGACUAUUUUGGCAUCUCUAUUCCUGUUGGACACGUGGAUUUUUUUUUGAAUGGUGGCAUGGACCAAACGGGAUGUGCACGCUCAAGGUUUGCAUCAAUUCUUAUUUACUUUCCAGUGUAUGGCUAUGUGAUCUGCGACCACAUGAGGGCACUGCAUGUAUAUAUAAGCGCACUGAAUAGCUCCUGUGCCCUGACUGGAUUCCCCUGCUCCAGUUAUGAGGACUUUCUAGCAGGCCAGUGCACCAACUGUGAUAAAGCAUUCAAUGGUACCUGCCCUCAAAUAGGCUUGCUAAAGAACAGUGGGAUAACGGUAUCACCUCUUCCCAAACAAGAGAAAGUCUACCUCCUGACUACAUCUGAAGUUCCUUUCUGUGCUCACCACAUCCUGAUUGAGCUCAAGGUGUCUCCGCUGGAGAAGCGUGCUGAGGUGCAGGUCACCCUGAUCUCCAUGAGUGUUGCCAAGACAGAGCAGAAACUCAGGCUACAGACAGACAAAACUGUUUAUAAAAAAGUAGUGGGACAUCCAGAGGGCCUCUGUAAGAUUGAUUCUAUCCAAGUGAAGAAUGCUGGACUUUUCUACACACAAGGAAACAUUCACUUUGAAUACAUUUGUAUCACCGAGAUCCCUAAAAUGAGGCCAUUGUGUGUGAACAACAUAAACGUUGGAAGGGGAGCACCGUGGUCAUACGACUUUGUCCAGUUGUGCUGAACUUACUCUGGGAAAUAGGAUCUCCUGCACAGCAGACAGGACCUACAGAAGCAAGGUGUCAGAAUGCCCACUUUUACGCUCACUCACAUAGAAAUUCUAGCAAGGGGAAAAGGGACCACGUAUAUGUGCACAUGAUCAUAUUAUUAUAUUUGCUUCAUGCUUCAACAAAAAAACAAACAAACAUACACAACAGGCAGCAGUUCUAUAACUGGAGAAAAAAAAGACACACAAACAACUCACAACGGAAGUGCUACACUUUAAGCCGUGUAAUGUCAAGAGCAUUUAUUAAAGUGUUCUAUCAACAUCUCAUAUUUUACAUGUAAAAUGUGUGAAAUACCAUGUAUAAAUGCAUUAAUUGUUAAUAUCGCUUGGUCUGUCAUUAAAUAUCACAGAGUAGUAAUUACGUCAUUUACCACUGGUAAAUUACUGGAGCUCA